AUGGCAGCUGGUAUGUUGAGCGGGGCUGACCGUGAAUGCCCUUCGGCUUGCCACCAAUGUCACCUAAACCAAGUAGAGGGAGGUGUUCAUCAAUUCGUUUGUGCGGCUUCCUGCGAGCGUCUACAGACCUCUGACCUCCCGUUGGUUGGCUGGUGGUGCCAAGAGAAAGACGUGGCAACUCCUAAGAUGUGCACAAGGUUCGAUCAAUGCGAAAAUUCGAAAGGUGUGUUGGCAGAUUGUCUGGAAUGCUCAAAGGCCGACGGCAAUGAUUGGAUACCAACGGCAUAUGAAUGCAAGCAUGCCGCUACCUCUAGCUCGCGCUUACCAUCAGCGGGUGAUGUCAUGCUACCUUUCCGAAGUCUGCAGCUCCCCAGCAUGAAUAAUAGCACGACGUUCGUCGUCGAGGCAUGGGAUCCUGUGGUGGUUGUUGACGUUGACAGCGACGGCGAUAUCAGAGCCCGUAGCGCGGAUGGCGUGGAGAGCAAGUGGAUCCACCGUGCACACUUCGCUUACAAAAUAGAUAAGCAGAGCAACGCCUCGCGGAUAUGCGUAGCACUUACUGGCUCAAACGGCGAGGCGCAGCGCUCAGACGGCUUGUUAGCUGGCCAUGAGUAUUCCAUUUUGCGUGUUCAUGAGUUCGAGCCAGGUAAAGCAACACAAGUGUGCAAGAUUAAGGAUCGUGUUGUCUUCCAGCAUUUCUGUGACUCGCCUGACAGUCAGAAUGCUACGUGGCACGAUGUUGACAUCAAGUCCAUCAGUUCUUCAUUGCGCUUGGUGCGCGUGCGCAAUGCUUGUGGCGGCGGGGAUAUGUGGAACGGAGCUUGGUCUGAUAAGGACCGCAUGUGGCAGGAGCACACAGAUAUUGCACAAGCAGUUGGCAUGGAGCCAGCCGAGGACGGAGCGUGGUGGAUGACCUUUGAAGAUUUCAGCCGCGCCUUCACUGACGUUACUCUGGGAAGCGUGGACAUGCUGACAUUUAUUCCUGGGCCGAUGCCGGAACGCUUUCUGUCGAUGCAGUCAUGGGCUACAUCGACUUCGUUAUCAUUUGUCAGUUUCCUGCUUCUCCGCUACUUUGUGAUGUGA